AAAUUUUGUGGAUUUGAAAUUUUUUGAGGUUAUUUGAUUUGAUUUCUUUUUUAUUAUUGUUUACAUUCUUAUUCUGAAUCUGAAUCUGCAGUAAAAAUUACAAAACUUGUACUAUAUUUAUUCAAAACACCGGCAUGUGCAUAAAAUUAGGCUAAUGAUUUCAUGAACGUUUUGCACAACUUUAAAAAAUAUUACAUAGGUCUAUAUACAUCUUAGUAUAAAAAUGAGUAUAGAGGAAGUAAAUGAAGAUGAUUGGUAUUUUGAUUCAAUCAUGAGGUAUAAGUUUUUGAACAUGUUUGAGUUGGAAAAACAUUCCAAUUUGUUGGCAUUAACGAACGAUCGCAGUAUUUGUUUGACUAGUAAUUGCGAAGGAAGUGGUUCAGAGAUUUUAGAAUUCCAUCUCCCUUCAAGUAAUCAAGGGAAGGGCCGAGAUUUGAAGUUGAAUUGUGGAAAGUUAUUUAAUAAUAGAAUUCGGCAGAUAGGAGCUCAUUAUGGAAAAGGAAGAAUUAUAGUCAGUGAAGAAAACAUUGCCGGUAUUUCAGUUUAUAAUCUUCCAGACCAAUCAGGAUCUAUUGAAAGUAUCAGAAAUGUGAUAAGUUCGAUUGUAAGUCCUCGUUUUGCUGUGGAAUCUGCUGAUACUCCUCAUGUGUUUAUUGUGAAAAACACCAGACAAAAUGGAUUUCUCAUUGACAUUGAUGCAAACUCAGUUCUGCAAGAAGUUCCAUUCUCAUCUUGCAAUAAGGAUUGUCUGAAUAGUGAACUUAUUUCUGUGUACAUGGAAAGAGAUGUGGUAACAGUUUGCUGUAUAGAAACUGGAAGCAUCAUUCUUCAAGAUUUAAGAACAAAUAAAUCCAGUCUUCAUAUGAGUAAUGGUAUCUCGGAUGGUAAUAGCUGGACUUUUGACUCGAAAUACAAUGCGAGCGCCAAAAUAGGGGAAAAUUACAAACAGUCCAGCUAUCAAAUGGUCAUGCUGUCCAGUAAAGGAUGUUUGCUGAAUUGUGAUUUGCGAAACUGGAAGGAACCUCUGUCAAAAUGUAAUGUGAGUUUAGAGACGACAAAUCCAAACAAUUUGCAUUUGAACUUCAAUCCCAACAUUGAUGGUGUUUUUUCUUUUGCUGGUUUCGACAACAAUGUCUAUGUGUAUAGAACAGUCAGUGAUGGUUUCGAACCGUUGUUCACGCACGACGGACAUUCUCAUGUGGAAAACUGUGAUAAAAAUUCAGUUGUUUUAUCUCAUGCUUGGACUAACAGUAAUGGCGUUGCAUCAUGUGCUGGAAAUAUGACCUUUCAUUUGUGGGAAUACUCUAAAAGUAAUACAUGAAAGUAAGUAAGCUUCAAAUUUAAAGUUUUAUUAUCUUGAAUCAUUCCUAUGUAGUUUUGCAUUUUCAAUGUUGAAAAAUGUACCGAUUUCUUGAAAUACAGUUUUUCGAAAAAAAAUGGUCAAGUCACGCAUGUAAUGUGUUCAUACAAAGUAGAUAAACUCCGCCCAAAAUGCAAAUGCAAA